AUGUCAAAAACUACAAUCAGUUAUCGAAGAAGUUGUCUAAUCAGAUACAGCAUGUUCAUUAUAAUUGUAUUUGUUACAAUAUUAAUCUACGAAACAGGUAUUCUACGACUAAAUUCAACCUACAAAAUCAACAAAAUAAAUCCAACACACUAUUUUGAUUACCUGUACAACAGAUUCAUAACUAGGAAACCUGAUAUUGAUCAGAAAUAUACGAAUGAAUAUGUUAGAUAUCAGAGCAAUAAUUUCAUAGAAGAGUAUGAACUGAAUGAAACUGAUGAGAUUGAUCCGUAUGAUGUUGAAAGUGAGAUAGUAGAAGAGUUACGUGAAUCUGUUUUAGCAGUCUAA